AUGAAACCGCCGUCUCUACCUGUUAAGACAAAGGGCACUCCGAAGAAAGUGAAGCCUACGCCGAAUGACAACUCGACUACACAGUCUCCUUCAUAUUGUGAGCACGUAGGCAAACUCUUUCCCGGCUCACCUACUCCUAAAUCUCAAAAAAGUUCAAACAAACGAGCUCGCAUUAGCGAACCGCCUCCGACACCUAUUGCUCAGAAAUUUUCGACUCCGACACCUAUUGUCAUAAAAAUUCCAUCAAUCGAAGAGGUACAUAUUUCUCCAAAAAUUCCAUCAAUCGAAGAGGUGAAUAUUUCUCCGAAAAUUCCAUCAAUCGAAGAGGUGCAUAUUCCUCUAAAAAUUCCAUUCAUCGACGAGAUGCCGGUUUUUAUGCACAAAUACAUUGAUCGGAUCGUCAAUGUGGCGGGAGGCGGUAAUUGCGGAUUCCGGGCCGUAUCGGCUCUGCUUGGUAAGGGAGAGGAUGACCAUAAGCUUGUCCGUCAUGAACUUAUCGAAGAGUUGAUGAACCAUAGAGAUUCAUACACGCGGGUAUUCGGAGACGAAGCUAAAAUUGAAUCGGUUAACGAAGCUCUUAUUCCUUGGUUGGACGCUUACACACCGACGUCAAAAUGCAUGAGAUUCCCAGAAAUGAGACAUCUUAUUGCAUGCGCAUAUGACAUGGUAUGCAUUGACUUGACGCGUUAUGGUUUUUUCGGAAACCUUUUUUCCGCACCGCACAUCCUACAAAUCCAAAUGAUCGUAUUAUGUGUGUGGGAUGGCUCACAAAAUCGAAACAUUUUGUGCAAGUUUACUUGA